AUGGACACACGACGCCCCAGCCCAGAGCCCCAGAGUGGCCUUUCCCCUUCUCCCCCGUCCCUUCGGCCCGGCGUCCUCCACAUCGUCUUGCAUAGGACCCGUUUCGGCGGUCGCCUCUUUUACCAGAUGUCUACGAGUUCCCGGUGACGGUGAGAGCACCGAGCAGCGGCGCGGCGGUUCUCCCAUCGAGCCCCCAGGCUCCUGCGGUCACCACCUCCGCUGUCGCCGGCAGGGGCGCCUCGGUUCUUUGCCGCCAGCUCCCAAGAACAGGCUAAUAAAAGACGCUUGCGCCCAACGACAACGAUGGGAUCGCGGCAGUCGAUGGAGCGGGUUAUUCCAGAGGAGGACGAACCCCUGCCCCCUGACGCGUGCAACAUGACCCGCGAGGCUCAGAUACUCCAGGCACGCUCCAUGUGCGGGUGCGGGAUGCAAUCGCCUCACGGCGGGGAGAAUUGGAGACGGCGCACAGAAGAGGAGCGCGAUGCCUCCAUCAUUUGCCAUGUCCACUACGCUCUCCGCCGUUACAACGCCGACAAUCCGGGUUCGGAGUUUGAUCCUGUCAAGCCUUUGAUGGCCGUGUACGUAGGUUUCAGAUGUAACAUUUGGGUUCAUGUCAGCUUCUUGGCUCGCAAGAGGAACGCCAGUAGUAGCAAACAGAGGCCCAACAAGGUUGACGACCCCGUGGAGCACUUCUUCGCUGAGCUGCGAUACGACUACCAACUCUGCAGACCAACUGUCGAAACAUGCACCAUCAUCGAUAAGUCGUCGCGUCACUUGAAGACUUCGUGUGCAUUUUGCCCAGAAAGCUUUGAGAUUUUGCACCCGCUGGACGGAAAAUUCGUAUGCGGGAAGAAAAGCCAGGCAAAAGAAGGUCGAGGCUUCCUCCAUUUCAUGAAUAUACUAGAGAAACCGUUCACAUGCCCUACGGCCAAUGAUGAAACCAGAGACGACGGGGCAGCUUGAGAGGAGUGCCCGAGAACCCUGGGCUGGAUCCUCCUUCCUUUUUUUUUUUUCGUAAUUUCAUCACAGGGUUUUUGUGGGCCUUUGAUGACAAGCUUAAGGCUUGGAUCAAUAGCAAAGCUAGACGAAAAGUCCGUUAUGAACGAAGAGUGGUAUACACAUAUUAAGUGAAGAUUUGUUGGGUUUUUUGUGCAAAA